AUGUGCAGUAGCGAAAUCAAUCAAUUCUGGAUAGGAUCAAGUGGAGGAGGAGUGAGAGGAGGGGUGGAAGUAGGGAAUGCAGAAGGAGAUGGGUUAUUAAAUUGGGCUGCAGUUGAAGCAGGUUUCGCAGUAGGUCUUGUGGCUGCCCGUCUUGCGGUGACAGAUUUCUUUGCUGAUCUGGCAGCAGCUCUUGUGGAUGUCCUUGUAGGUGCGGCUGGUCUUGUAGUUGUACCUUUCGACGUAGCCGAUUUUGUUGAUGGUCUCGCAGAAGCUCUUGCAGUUGUUCUAGUAGUUGUUGCCGGUCUAUUAGUUGAUCUUCGAGUAGAUCUUGCAAAUGAUCUCGUAGAUGUCUUUGCGCAUGCUGCCUUCCUCGGAACAGUACGUCUCACAGAUUUUGUUGCUGCCCUUGCAGGUGUUGCCAGUCUUGAGAUAGAUCUUGAUUUGGGUCUUGCAAUGGAUCUUGAAGCUCUCUUUACACCUGUUGCUUUUCUCGGGACUGCUCGUUUAGCAGUUCUUGAGGCUGUCCUUGCAGCUGUUGCUAGUCUUGAAAAAGAUCGAGAUUUAGGUCUUGAAAUGGAUCUUGAAAUUCCCCUGGCUGCUGUUGCCAGUCUUGAGAUAGACCAUCGUGAAUUGGGUCUUGCAACGGAUCUCGAAAUCCUUCUUGCAGCUGUCGCUUUUCUUGAAACUGCUCGAUUAGUAGUUUUGGUAGAUUUCCUUGCAGCUGCCGCCAGUCUUGUAAGAGAUCUAGACUUGGGCCUACCAAUGGAUCUUGAAACCCUUCUUGCAGUUGUUCCCAAUCUUGAAAGUGAUCGUGACUUGGAUCUUGCGAUGGAUCUUGAAGCUCUCCUUGCACCUGUCGCUUUUCUUGGAACUGCUCGUUUAGUUGUUUUUGUAGUCUUUCUUGCAGCUGCUGCCAGUUUUGAAAGAGAUCGAGAUUUAGGUCUUGAAAUGGAUCUUGAACUUCCUCUGACUGCUGUUGCCAGUCUAGAGAUAGACCGUGGUUUGGGUCUAGCAACGAAUUUUGAUACUCUCCUUGCACCUGCCGCUUUUCGUGAAACUGGUCGCUUAGCACUUCUUGGAGCUGCCCUUGCAGCUGUCGCCAAUCUUGAAAGAGAUCUAGGCUUGGGUCUAGCAGCGGAUCGUGAAAUUCGUCUUGCAGUUGUUCCCACUCUAGAAACUGAUCGUGAUUUAGGUCCUGCAACAGAUCUUGAAGCUUUUCUUGCUCCUGUUGCCUUUCUUGGAACGGCUCGUCUAGAAGUUCUUGAAGCCGCUUUUGCAGCUGCUGCCAAUCUAGAAAGUAAUCUGGAUUUAGGCCUUCUAAUGGAUCUUGAGGCUCUUCGAGCUGUGGUUGCCAGUCUAGAAAGUGAUCUGGAUUUAGGCCUUGAAAUGGAUCUUGAGGCUCUUCGAGCUGUGGUUCCCAGUCUGGAAAGUGAUCUUGAUUUAGGUCUUGAAAUGGAUCUUGAGGCUCUUCUGGCUGUAGUUGCCAGUCUUGAAAGAGAUCGAGAUUUAGGUCUUGAAAUGGAUCUUGAGGCUCUUCGAGCUGUGGUUGCCAGUCUUGAAAGUGAUCUAGAUUUAGGUCUUGAAAUGGAUCUUGAGGCUCUUCGAGCUGUAGUUGCCAGUCUAGAAAGUGAUCUUGAUUUAGGUCUUGAAAUGGAUCUUGAGGCACUCCUAGCUGUGGUUGCCAGUCUUGAAACAGAUCUUGAGGCUCUUUUUGCUGCAGUUGCCAGUCUUGAAAGAGAUCGCGAUUCGGAUGUGGGAACGGAUCUUGAUGCUCUAGUCGCUGCGGUUGCCAAUCUAGACACCGAUCGUGACUUUUGUGCUGCAACAGACCUUGAAGCUGUCCUUGCACCUGUCCGCAGACUUGAAAGUGAUCGAGUUUUAGGUCUUGAAAUGGACCUUGAAAUUCCCCUUGCUGCUUUUGCCAGUCUUGCAAGAUUUCUUGAUGCUGAUCUUGAAACGGACUUUGAGGCUCUUCUUGCUGAUGUUGGCAAUCUAGAUACAGAUCGUGCCUUCUGUUUUGAGACGGACCUUGUGGCCUUCCUUGCAACAGUUCCCAGUCUUGAUAGUGAUCGUGUUGUUGUUCUCGCAGUUGAUCUUGUAGCUGAAGCUGGUCUUGAUUUUGACCUCGUAGUUGAUCUAGAAGCAGAUCUCUUGGCUGCCUUAACAGUGAAAGUGGGUUUCAGGAUCAAGAUUCGAGCUCAGGUUAUAUUGGAGCACUGUUUUGGCUGUGGUAUCUACUCCACCUUGGGAUUUGAAAUCUGCUCAUGUGGCUACGCAUCAGUUGGCACCAAUUGCUUCUCCAUCUUAUCACCAAGCUCUGGUGUCCAUGGCAAAAUUCGCUGUGGCACAGAUGCCCACCAUGCAUCACCCUUAAGUGCUGGUACUAGCUGCAAUACAGGUUCGGUAUCAGAUGUAGUGCGGUUGACAUGGGGCCAAGUUGGCAUUUAUCACAAAGGUGUUUACUCACGCUCACCAUUUGAUGCAAAUGUGGUAUGUCAAGUUCUCAAGGACAAUGAGCUAUUUUUGAUUGUCGACUUAAUUGCCGUGAUACUCCGUGAUACUGGUGAACGUUUGGUCUUUUCUUACGCCGUCACAUAG